AUGCUAGCCUUUCCCCAUAAAUCUCUCUUUUCCCCCACUUGCCCUCCCUCCCCCUCUGACAUUCCGUCCCCUUGCAGGGAUUCAGAAGCCGUCUCUCUCCCACCUCCCCUCUCCUCGCUCAUCCCCAAGCCCGCUGGAACCCUACCUCUCCAAGGGCCUCUUUCAAGCCUACGACGCUCUGGCCUAUGUGUGCAGCUGCCUACGGAUUCAGAAGUCGUUCCCCUCCAGCCGCCCCUCUCCUCGCUUAUCCCCAAGCCCACUGAAACCCGCUCCUAUCUCUCUAAGGGCCUCUCUCAGGCCUACGACGCUCUGGCCUAUGUGCGCAACUCCAUGGCCUCCUCCCACGCGCCCUUCCAGCCUGGCCGGGCAGACAGCAGGAAGAACGAAUUCCGCUCCUCCUUUUCCUGCUUGCACUUGGACAAGCAAGAGACUGAAAGCCUCCUUGCUGCCCUCGCCUCGCGCUCCUGCUCCCUCUUCAGCCUUGAGUGUGCUGCAGCACUCAAAGCCGUGGCGGACGCCAAGCAGCUGGGCAGCCGCACAGAAACGUUCAACGUCACCAGCAUCAUGAACUGCAGGCCGCUACUGGACCCACCCCUGCCACCCGACGCCAUGGGGGUGUUCACCUCGGGAUUGCCGCUGAAACAGCCAGCCAAUCAGGACCUGGAGCUCUGGGACGUGGCUCGCACUGUAGAUGCUGACCUGGCAACUGCCGUCGGGCAGAAGAAACAAUUUAUUGACAUGCCCGUGCUGGAACUGCUCUUUUCUACGGCCAUGAAAACGCCAACGCUUUCCCCCGAGUGCUCCCUGCGCACCUCCUUCAUGUCUGCCAUCACCGAGUCACCCUUCCCCAUGGACUGGCCGGCCAAUGAGGGGCAAGGACAUGUGGAUGGGGUUGUUGGAGGAGGAAACGAGGGUUUGGCGCCUCAGCUGGAGGGGUUUGUGGGGCCGAUCUUUGCAACUCAUGGUGUCGGCCCAAGCAUAUCCGUUGGGGAUGCUCUUUGUCUCACCCUCGUUAAUUUUACAGGGUUAGUGUGGUCAGCCAUGGCCUCCAUUGCUGCUGUCUCUGCGUCUCUGUCGUCAGUGCAAAUCCCCAGCAAGGCGACCGUUAGGGCUAGCGUUGCUUCCAGGGGCAUUGCGACUGAGCUGACGUGCGCGCGGGGGUUCGGAUGCGAGAGUGUCCACGUGUCCGCUUGCGGCUCUGAGUUUGCGCGUGGCGAUGCGCUGUUCGGCGGCUGCGCACAGGAAAUCGAGCAAAACAGCAGCCUUGUAGUCAUGGCAGUGCCGAAGAAGAGGACCUCUCGGACAAAGACCAAGGUCCGCCGGGCUGUGUGGAAGGCUCAGGCUCGGGACGAGGCUCUCAAGGCUCUGUCCCUUGCCAAGUCAGUGCUUACAGGCCGCUCUAAGAGCUUCAUCUAUGUGCAAAACGAGAAGAAGAAUGCUGCUGAGGAGGGCACUGAUGAGGCUGCCUCUGACCGAAAUGGAGCCCCAGCCUCCCGCCGCACCUCGACCCCGAACCUGCUCACUCUGAUGCGCGCCCACCCGUUCUUCCCCACCCCCAUCCCCUGUGCCGGUUGCGCCUCCCCCUCUGCGCCUCCUCCCCUACGCCUCCCCUCCCAUUCGAUUGGAGCGACAGGUCCCUCCCUCCCUCCUCGCGUCCCACCCUUCCUCUCCUUUUCCUCCUGCUCCUCCCUCUCCUCCCCUCCUCCGCACCCACCUCUCGUGGUUACGUUUUCAGGGCAACCCCCGUCUCUCCUCUUCCACUCUUUUCCUCGAUUUACCAUGACGACUUCUCUGAGGAAGAACCGCAAAAAGCGCGGCCACGUCAGCGCCGGCCAUGGUCGUAUCGGCAAGCACAGAAAGCAUCCCGGAGGUCGCGGUAACGCGGGAGGCAUGCACCACCACAGGAUCAUGAUGGACAAGUACCAUCCGGGUUACUUCGGUAAAGUCGGUAUGCGUUACUUCCAUAAGUCCAUGAACAAGUUCCACUGCCCACACAUCAACCUUAACGAGCUCUGGUCGCUGGUUCCCGCUGACGUUAAGGAGAAGGCUAGCGGCGCCGGAUCCGCUCCCGUGCUCGAUGUGACCAAGUUCGGGUUCUUCAAGGUGCUCGGUGCCGGCGAGCUGCCAUCGCAGCCGUUGAUCGUGAAGGCGAAGCUGUUCAGCAAGCUGGCGGAGCGGCGGAUCAAGGAGGCCGGCGGUGCGGUCCAAUUGACGGCGUAA